CCCCUCGAUAGCCGCUGUCUUGCAGAGAGCACGUGGGCGAUGACUUGGCGCAGCUGUGGCUAUAGGAUGCUGUUUAAUAGUAACUAUAACAGCUUUCAUCGUGCCGCGGCAUCAUAACAACAUCUUAUUCAUUGUGCUUAUCUCGCUGCAUAGAACGCCAAAGUUUUUCUGCAGCCCACAUUCUGCCUGUGAUUUGUUCAGCAGAUUUGGAAGACGAUUUUUUGGUAUCGAAAAAUAUGAGAUCAUUCAGAGUUGUGAUUUCCAACCUUCCAACUUCUCAGUCUAUCACUUGGAUCCUCUACAGAAAAGUAAUCUAUGAUAAAAUACGUAACAACAUGGUAGCGUAUGGAGAUGAUUCCUUCGAAUGAAACCGUCUCAUCGCCGAGCACAGAUGGACCCGACGACUCAUCUAUGCUACAAUCGACAUCGUCGUCGAACUCGCGACUACCGCAGUCGCAAGUGGCAUCACCCUCGGAAGCAACGGGUAGGCCAUGGUAUCACGGCGAGAUUUCGCAGACGGAAGCGGAAGUGCUGCUCGAUGUUGCACAACCUGGCCGCUUCCUGGUGCGUAAGGCCGGUCCGACAAGAUACUUCUUGUCGUGCGUGACCGGUAACCACAUGCUGCUUCAUUUACCAAUCCACCAGCUGGGACGUUUCUUCUAUCUGAAUGCUGGAAAAUUCACGACCCUCGCUGAAGCAGUGCGGCAUCAUUGCGAGAUGGUAGACUCGGCAGAACCAGUGAAUGCUCCGUUUGCCAGUCCGAACCUUCCCAUCAUGGCUGCUCCCCAUAGCUCACAUAUGCGUAGAUUUUUAUGCCUGACCAAGUGCGAGGAUUUGGCAGAUAAUGACGAAUUGAGUACAUCAAGAGGCGAUGUCGUGACACAACUACGUAUUCUGGAGAACGGCUUUAUACUGGCUAAAAAUGAAAACACGGGUCAAACGGGUUACCUAUCUGCAAAAUCAAUAGAACCUGUUCUAACAGAAUCGUUGCGUGUUCACGAUUUGCCAUAUUAUCAUCCAUCUUUGACACCUGAAGCUUUAAGAAUGCUUACAUGCGUGGGUGCUGGUGCAUUUCUCGUUCGAACUUCAAGUCAAGGUGCUGACGCAUUUGCUCUGUUGGUGAAUACACGGAACAAAAUUGAGAAGUUUCUUAUUCGUGGCUCUGCACAAGGCGCUGAAGGAUUUCUUCUCGCUGGCCGGCGUUUUCCAUCGUUGCAACACAUCAUAGACAGGUACUGCGUCCAUCCCAUAGCAAGCGACGUUCGGCUAACGCAUGCCGUUUUGCCAUCGACUUCGUCACGACGUCCGAGCGCAGAAGUCGAAGCAAAUAACACUGAGUCGGCAGUGAUGACUACCUCGGACUGGCCGCCAAGCACCACGUCGGUUGAGGCGACAUCCGAUUAUGUGAAUCAUAACUGUGCCUCACAUACGGUUGCAGCCGUUCAAGCCUUGAGAAAAUCUCGGGAAGAAAAGGCGUGGAAACCGUGUUGGUUGACGUUAUGCGACGAUCCAAAUGGCGGAUGUGAGCUGAUCAUCUCGGAUACCGAACUGAGCGCUAAAGCCAGAUUGGUUCUUGAUUUGGCGUACUGUGUGAUGUAUCUGCUUGACGAUUCCGUGUUUUCGCGGGAGGGCUGCGUGUUCUUUUCGCAAACGGAUAUCGACCUACCCGGUAUAUAUUUGUGUUUUCGUCCAACGCAUGUUCUCAUCAAAUGGUUGGAGCUGUUGAGGCCAAGAGUUUUGGGUCUUCGAACGGGUGCAGUGCCUGUGAUGAUCGGAUUGCAGUUUGAACCACCGAAACAAUCCUAUGUAGCAGUUUUGCAGCUACAUAUUGAUAAGUAUAGGUCGGAAUCUGUGAAGCCUGAUGGAUUUUAUUCAGCUUAUGGGAUGAUUUGUGGAAUCAAGGUAUGCAGUACGCCUGUUAUCGUUGCUUCAUCGAGCAAGGGCGCUCCUCCUUCGGUCAUAUUUGACUGUUCUUUCUUGUUACCGCUAGUCCCUCCUGAGAAUGGCACUUUGCAAUUCUCCGUAUUGUCACAUCCUGGAGGUGGCAAGAAGAGCAGACCUUUGGGAGUAUCGGCGUUAUUCUCACUGCCUGACGCGAGAUCUCAUGCUGAUGCACCCGAAUCGGGCUUUACUUUUCGCGCAGCACGAUAUCGGAUCAAGGUGUUAUCACUGGAUCAAUAUGCUCCUUUGAUGCAGUACUUGAGAGAGGGAACAGCUGAGUUAUUAGAAUGGGCAUCAGAUGUACUAUCUAUCCAGCAGCGAUCUCUUCUAUGCUGGUCGAUUGUCUCACUUCUCCUUCCUACUCGAGAUGAUUUGUUGCACCUGAUCAGCCGACUGAUGCGAAGGGUCUUGGCAGCAUCAUCGCCUGACAAUGUUAUGAGACAAGAUUCGCUGACGACCACAUUGCUUACACAAGCUCUGCGAAUCGCUGGAAGAUCAAAGCUUGAAGAUGCAUUGGAAACUCUCGGAGUUUCCGGCGUGAAAGUGUUUCAGCAAGCGGAUGUGGAUCAUGUCAUCGAGAUGCUGGAUUCACUAGUCACGCCUGAAUCACUGCUCAACGAUCUGCUUAUCAGUGUAGCCCAGAGUGCUCGAGAACGAUUUCCGGAUGAGCCUCACAUUGUGCGAAGAGUACUGAGCAAUGUGUAUAUACUUCGGUUUGCGAAUCCGUUGCUGAUUGCUUUAUUGAGCGGUAAUCCGCUAAAUCAACAACUGGCAAAAGGUGUGCAAGCAGCUGCAAACGUUGCAGCUGCGGCAACGCCUCGGUUAGAAGAUGUUACGGCUGGAUCACAGUGUUUGCGUUCGCUUUUCGAAAGAUUGAGACUUGCUGAACCUGAGAUUUCCAUCAAAUCGAGCGCUCUCAACAACGUUGAGCCUCGCUGUUGCGACUGGAUGGCAAUGAUCUGUCACCUGCUGCACAUCGCUAUAACAUCAAGGGAAGGAGCUCCGCAAGUUGACCCAAACCUUCUUCAUCUCAUACAUGCUCAUAAAUCAUCAUUCUCAUAGCAUCGACAUUGAACACACUCGCCCUGCGUCAUCUACCUAUCUUUCUAUGUUUUCGCUUCUUGUCAGAUACUCUACUGUAGUCUCAUCUAGGCCUUUUCUUUGUAUAUUCUGCACUAUGCAUAUAUAUGACUAUCGUAUCAGCACAUAUCCUAAAAGUUUAUAUCCAGUUCAUGAUGUGCUUUCUUGCCGAAAUCGAGGCAUCUCUCAGGAUUUUAGUCUAGGCUGCGAGUUUGAGGUUUUUCUUUAGUGAUUAUCUUGAAGCAGUUUAGCAGUGGUCAGCAGUCACUGUUCUGCUCAUUAAUGUACGUUGUUAAUAUCUCUAUUAAUCAGUAAUAGUUCUUUAGAUCACAAGUUCUAGAUAAUGUAUCUUAAUAGUCAUUUCUAUAGGUCUAGAUAGCAUUUAUUGGGGUGACAUGCUCUCCUUUAACUUAGGAAAAAAGAGCUGUAAAAGUCAUAGUCGGACAACAGUGAUGUAAAUGUGCUGUGUAGGUAUAAAAUAUUUGUCCCUAGGACAACA